UGCUGCUCACUCUCUUGAAUCUUGGUCAUUCAGAGGCACCAAAGAGACAAAAAAAAAUAAUAAAAUCUUGGACUGGACUCGCAACUCGGAAGCAUUUACAGAAGGAAAGAAGGCAAGAAUUAAAAAGAGCGACAGGGAUCAGAGGAGUGCAACGUUUUGCACACAAUGAGCGUCCAGCUGCCAUGGAGAAAACAUGAGCAACUGCAGGAGUAUGAGGAGUAAUGCUGCUGAGUGAACUUUUGUGGAUAUCACUGAAUUCAUUCCCUUAAACUUUGGGAGGGAGUUUACUGUAAAGACAGAGAAGGUGGGACACUGGAGACGGAAACUCUCUGAGAAGCAUGGCGGCCACCAGCCCUUCCUCCUGCCACCCUUUUCUCUUCUUCUUCCUUUCCUUCCUGGUCAGCCGGCCAGCGCUCACCCAGGACACUUCCUUCUCCACGGCGACAGUAACCGAGGGGGACCCUGCUUUGACCCCCACCAAACUGUCUAACCAGACAGCGCCCAGCUUGGAGGACGUAACCCAGGGCACUCCUCCGGAGACGGGGCUCUCCACCCCCACCAGCGGUGGCGACGCCGACGACGAGGACGUCCCGCCGGUUGGAGGGACCCGUUGCCAGGGUUACUACGACGUAAUGGGCCAGUGGGACCCACCGUUUAACUGCAACGCUGGGGUCUUCCUGUACUGCUGCGGCACCUGCUUUUACCGCUUCUGCUGCCAGUUCCGUCAGCAGAGGCUGGACCAGACCAUCUGCUCCAACUACGACACGCCCAUCUGGGCCAACACCGGGAAGCCUGUGGCCACCAUUACUGAAGGCCAGGGGGAUUCAGACCGCGACCGGACGCACCUCAUCGUUUACAUCAUUUGCGGCGUUGUCGCUGUCAUGGUGUUGGUGGGCAUCUUCACCAAACUGGCUCUGGAGAAGACCCGAGGAGGAAGUGGAGGAGGGGCGGGGAUACCUCAGACUGACCUCAACUCCAGGACGCUGACGGACCUGCUGAAGCAGCAGGGCAGCGAGGCGAGCUCGAUGGAGAACGCCGCGGCUGGAUCGCCCAGCGGAGGGAGAGCCAACGGCGUCUCAGCCAGGAUGCCACGCAGCAGGAGUGAACAGUACCAGCUGAAUAACGCAGCCUAUGGCGCAUUUGGACAGGGCCUUCCGCAGCCGCAUAAUAACCACAGCACACUGGGACUCAACAAGUACGCCUCCCUCAAAGCUGUGGCAGAAACCGCUUCCCGUAGCUACUAUAAGAGCUUUCCUGUCAUGGACUUCUCCAGUUACCAACCCGUAGCUCCUCCUGCCUUCCAGCCCUCUCAGCCUAAGGAGAAGUCCUACAUCCACCAGCCUCUGCCUGGGCACCGCGACCUCCACACCCCUCUGUCCAUCUCCAUCCCGUCCAACCACCUGGAGCACUCUCGCCUCCCCAAGACCACCACACACCCGUUCAUCUCCAACUCGGCCUUCAAAGCCUGGGAACCGGCCGGCCGCCACGUCCACAGGAAGACCUCCGCUCCGGCGCACACCUCCUCCUCUCUGCAUGGCUCCACCCGGAGACACGGCUACUCAACGCGGCGGCAGCAGAGCAUAGAGAACCUGCAAGAAGUGGCUAACCUGUCCUACGGAGGUAUGUACGGAGGGGGAGGAGGAAGCGGAGGAGGAGGCGGAGGGCAGGGUCGCCACGGCCAAUGCCAGCACACUUCUCAACCCUCAUACUACAACCACACCAGGCCGAAGAGCUACUCCACCCACAGCGCCACCGAGGUGACUGUCUGAGUGUUUCAGUGAGAGUGACGUACCGCAAUGCUAAACUCAAGAAAAACUUUGGAGCGAGCCAGGUACUGCACUUCCUUACAGUCCAACAUGACCGGGGGUUAAGCAAGGACACGCCUUCCAAUGUACACGAUAAAAGCAAGAGCUCAGAUUUUCAAUGUGUGGAAAAAAAACCAGGAGACAGACUCAUUGCUACUCAUGAAGGACUCACUCUAGAAGAUGGGUUAAAAACACGCUCAGGCUCCUCUCUGCUCAUGGGGCUUGUAGAUGUUUAACCGCUGCUGUUUUACUGUGUCACAGGAUUACGGUUGAUCAAGCCCUGUAGAGAUCCGGUCUGGAGGAAACUAAUGUUUAUCUGUUUAUAUUUUAGAACUCUGAGCUUGGUUUUGUCCAGAAACAUGGUUUUAUUUUUAAUGCUUUGGUUUUA